GGAGAUGCAGCUGAUUAGGAUGCUGUGAUGAUGGGCAUGAAACAGUUUGUAAUAGUUUGAUUGGAGGGGAGUGGUUUGCAUCUGCCUGCCCUUUAUAGCCGUGAAAGGAAAAAAAAAAAAAAAAAGACAGACACUUUCUAGUUCGCUGUCGGGACGUCUUGCGGUCCUCCCAGCCACUCUGCAGCCUGCGCGGCUCGGCGCACAUCCUCUCUCCAGUCCUCGCUGCGGCGUGUCUCCUCUCCGGAGCAGGAUCACCCAACCCUCUGGGGGAUAACAACUCAACGCUCUUUAGGCUGAAGAAUAUUUUGGGUGACAGUCCAAGCCUUUCAAAGCAUCAUCAGGUUCCUAACAAAGGGAGGGUUUGCCCAGGAAGUGUUCUUCACUGUCUGUCAGAACAAGAAUCUUUCACCUUGGAAAAUGAAGAUGUUGUUGCCAUGGGAACUCUUAAUCCUCCUGUCACUCAAAGAGUGCCUAGCCGAGAAUGCCCGUCACGGACCUGUCUUCACCCAGGAGCCCAGUGACAGUAUUUUCCCGAUGAGCACCGGCGACAAGUUGGUGUUCAUUAACUGCAAAGCGAAGGGUAACCCACCUCCAUAUUAUAGGUGGAAAGUGGAUGGGAGGGAUAUAGACACGGACUCGGAUCCAAGCUACAGCAUUGUCGAAGGGAAUCUGCUGAUCAAUAAUCCUCAUUUUAUCAAUCAUGGAGGAGUGUAUCAGUGCAUCGCUACAAACGCAUUUGGGACCAUCGUCAGCAGGGAAGCAAAAGUCCAGUUUGCUUUUCUGCAGAACUUCACCCGGAAGCCGAGGAACACAGUGACAGUGAGAGAGGGUCAAGCAGUGGUUCUCCUCUGCGGCCCGCCGCCCAAUUACGGAGAGAUCAAAUAUUCCUGGGUUUUCAAUGGCCAGCACAACUUCCUGCAGCAGGACGCGCGCCGUUUCAUCUCUCAGAGGACAGGCAACUUGUACAUAGCAAAAGUUGAAGCCUCAGACGCGGGGAACUACACGUGCGCAGUGAGAAACAUGAUGACCAACGCCACGGUGUUCAGCUCUCCAACCCCUGUGGUGGUGCGGGGGGACGUGGUGAUGGGGGAAUAUGAGCCGAAGAUCGAGGUUCAGUUUCCCGACACCCUUUAUGUUUCCAAAGGAUCAUCAGUGAAGCUGGAAUGCUUUGCCUUAGGAAACCCUGUGCCUUCCAUCUCCUGGAGGAGAGCUGAUGGAAAUCCACUCCCCGGGAAGAUUAAAAUCAACCACUCCACCGGGGAUCUGGAAAUUCCAUAUUUUCGCCCAGAGGAUGCUGGCGUGUACGAGUGUGUCGCUGAGAACAGCAGAGGCAGAAAUGUCGCCAGAGGACAGCUAUUAUUCCAGAAUGUAGAACAUCUUCAAUGGACCCAGAUACUGAAAGAUGCCCAUAUGGCCAUUGAUGCUAACCUGCAGUGGGAAUGUAAAGCCAUUGGUAAACCUAAACCUAGAUAUAGAUGGUUAAAGAAUGGACAGCCACUGAUAGCAAAGGAACGAGUUCAUGUUGAAGCUGGCAGACUGACCAUAUCCACGAUCCGUUUGUCAGACUCUGGGAUGUAUCAGUGUGUGGCAGAGAAUGAAUAUGGAUCUCUGUAUGCCAGCGCUGAGCUCAAAGUUGUAGCAUCACCGCCUGACUUUACCCACCGACCUGUGAAAAAGUCCUCAGUGAUCCAGAGAGGGGGAGAGGUGGUGUUAGAGUGCCGGCCCAACGCUUCCCCCAAGGCCACUAUCUCCUGGUGGAGAGGAGGCAAGCUGCUGAGGAACAGUAGGAGGCAGAAGAUCUUGGAGGAUGGCACUCUGCGCAUUACCAACAUCUCCAAAUCUGACGAGGGCAGCUACACAUGUGUGGCUAGAAACCAUUUUGGAGCAUCCAGCAGUGCAGGAGCCUUGGUGGUGAAAGAGCCCACCAGGAUCAUUGUUCCACCUUUAAGCUCCGAUGCCAGCGUGGGACAGAGUCUUGUCCUACCCUGUGAGGUGUCCAGUGACUCUUCCCUGAGUCCCGUGUUCAAAUGGUUUUUCAACGGCAAAGCCAUUGACUUCAGCAGGCAGGAGCACUUUGAGAUGAUCGGUGGGGGAUUUGCAGGUGACCUGAUGGUGAGAAACAUCCAACUAAGGCACUCUGGGAAGUAUGUGUGUAUGGUACACACUGAAGUCGACGCAGUGUCAGCAGCAGCAGACCUAAUUGUCAGAGGACCUCCCGGUGCCCCGGAGGGACCGGUGGUGACCGGUAUUAGUGACACUACAGUGCAACUAUCCUGGGGCUCUGGACCAGACAACCACAGUCCCAUCAACAUGUACAUUGUGCAAGCUCAGACCCCUUUCUCUAUUGGCUGGCAGACUGUGAAGACAGUUCCCGAUUCUGUGCCUGGACAGAUGAUGCACGCUACUGUGAAGGAUUUGAGCCCCUGGGUAGAAUACCAAUUCAGGGUGGUGGCAAUCAACAGUGUUGGUGUUGGAGAACCCAGCAUGCCGUCAAAACAGAUCCGAACCAAAGCAGCAGCGCCCAAGGUUGCACCGGUUAAUGUGAGUGGCGGCGGGGGAGCUCGAGGAGAGCUUGUCAUUACGUGGGAGCCGGUUCCAGAGGAACAGCAGAGUGGAGAGGAAUUUGGCUACCUCGUGGCUUUCCGCCCACUUGGCAGCAGCACGUGGGUCAAGACGGUGCUGGCUUCAGCGGACGUGUCCAGAUAUGUGUACAGGAACGACAGCCUUGCGCCGCUGUCCCAGUUUGAAGCCACUGUGGGCGUGUACAACAGCAUGGGAGAGGGGCCGUUCAGCCGUGUCGUAAAAGUGCUCUCUGCCGAGGAAGAGCCAUACGCGGCACCGUCGAGAGUAUGGGCUCGCUCUUUGUCUGCCUCUGAGGUUGAGGUGUACUGGGAACCAGUUCCUCCCAGGACCAGCUCUGAGAAGAUCAUAGGGUACGAGGUUCUCUUUUGGGAUGAAAGCUCUCAGAAGAGCGAAGCAGAAGCAGUGAAGGUUACAGACAGCACGGCUCUGCUCUCCGGUUUGAAGAGCAGUAAAGUCUACCUGAUCUCAGUCAGAGCCCAGAACAGCGCCGGGUUCGGACCCUCCAGCCCUUCCUUCAGCGUCACCACCAAGAAACCACCGCCAAGUCAGCCUCCUGGGGCCAUUGAGUGGAACCUGACCAACUCAAAGAUCUUUCUAAAGUGGGAGAGCAUCACGGCGUCGCAGAAUGAAUCGGAGGUGACGGGAUACAAGAGGAAAGAUAGACCUCAGCACCCCAGUGUUACAAUAUGGAUUGGCCCUGUCUGGCCCUUCAAAAUUAAAAGAUCUGUUCCAGAUGAUAAAAUGAAGGGCGUCAGACAGCAGAGAGAAUUCAGCUUCUUCUAACCAAUACCGCAAUGAAUCAUAUUUGAUCCACUUUGCAUACCUUGUGGAGACAAAAACACAGUUUUUGAUUAUUCUUUUCACAAUAUAUAUUCCCUCCCUGAGAUAUGCAGCCCCGGUCAUUUAAAGAUAAGCAUUUUGUGGAGCUGUGGUAUAAGGAAGCACAUGCACAGUCGAUACGCCUUGUUUAUUAAAUUGCCUAAUGCAAAACCUUGUAUUCAGGGAGGAGUGGGGGUGGGGGGGGGACUUCUAAUAUGAUUUCAUAUUUUCAAAUCUAUGCAUGCAAUUUCCUUUCUGCAUCAUGUUUCCCACAAGGGUCAACGCUGGACAUUAUUAUAACAAUGAAACAGCAUGACUAAAUGUCUUAUAAUAAUACCUCAGGUCCUUUUUCAUGUCCUCAUAAUAUUCACCGUUGACUCAUUGGAACAAAUGAUGUCCUCAUUUUAAACUCUUAAAAGGCAAAAAGAAAUCACCAUUUGACCACACUGACAUCUCCUACUCUAAAGUAGCUCAAUUUGGGUCAUUUUGCUAACCCAGCUCUGGAUCAAAAAUGGAUUGAUCCAGCCGACAUAACAAAACAGGGUUGGGUUAUGGGUUCCACCCAGUAUACUGGUUUGGGUUUUCAACUCAAAAAAAUGGGUCAAAGGGACUUAUGGCUAACAUUAAGGUUAGCAAAAAGUGGGAUGGCAAGACUUUUUCUUACUCUUCUUUGAAUCUUGGACCACUAAAUAAAUAGUGUUUAGGUUUAAUAUAUUUUCUUUUUAGAAAAACGACAUUAUAAAUUAUCAAAUUCAAAAAGGAAUGUCAAUAACCUCACAAAUUCUGAGAUUUUAUUAUGAUUAUUAUAAUUAGAAAUAUAAAUCUAUACAUUUCAAUAAGAAAAAUUCAGAAUUAACAUGAAAUGAUGUAACACUUAAAGUAUGAGAUUUAAGAAAUGUUUCUUAACACAAAGAAUGCAUUUAUUUUAUCUGUUUUUGGUUUGUGUUAAAAAAAAACAUAGUAAAAGGUCUCACAAAUGUUUUUCUUCUGUAAACUAAAGUCCAUAAACUGAUGUCUUCAUGCUUACCUAAUUGUAGGUUGGUUCAAAUCCCAACAACAUAGUGAAACUUUCCUUUUUUGUGAUUUUCCAAAUUAUGUGUGCCUAAAUUUUAAACGGUUUCAUUAAGAGUUACAUUAUUAACUAGAAAUGAUCAAAUGCAGUCUGAAAUCACAAAUAAUUUGGAAAAAGCCCUUUAGUUCGGGGCUAAUUGCGAGGCAUGAGGCAGAUGCUAAAUUUGCUGUCAUUAGCAACUGACAAUUAGCCCACCGGUACAAACUGAAUCUUGUCUGACGCUGAUUUGUGUACUAAAUACCCAAAAUACUGGCUCACUAACAAUUUAAAAGUGGUGUGGGCUUUCUCAGUGCAAAUAUAACCGGGUGUCAUCGGCCGAAGAGGUCUUAAGUAGACAACUCUCAAUACAACAGGCCAACUCAAGAACAAUUUCCAUCCUUACUUCAAAAUGAGAGUCUCAAAUAAAGAUCCAAUAGUGUGCCAAGCUUCCAGCACACACCUUCAUAUCUGACAGCUAUUAUGUUGACUGUUGGCAAUUCUUCAGCAGGGAAAGUAGCAAUUGGCCGUCCUAAAAGUCGCUAGAUGACGUCAUCAUGGUAUUUGCAUAUUUGUUCAUGUAUUUGCAAUCUGGGCUGUAAGAAAGAGAAGCUUUU